AUGUAUGAAGUUGACAAGCCCAGUAGUGACAUCUACUGUCACGAGAAUGUGGGUUCAAGUCCCGCAGGGGAUCCCAUGCAAAUACUAAAAUGUGCUUUAUGCACUCGCUGUACUGUAAGUCACAACAAUAAAAGUGUCUGCUACACACUUUUCAGUGUUAAAUUAACACACUGCUUAGUGUAAAUCCUUAUUUGCAUAUUUCCCAGAGUACAAUUCACCAGAAAGGAAAGGCAGAGUUACCACCCAUGACUGUAUUUGUUAGUGAUAGAGACGUGGUUGUUGCGGUCUCUUUUUAAAAAAAAAUGUUGUGGCCUUCACCAAGUGAGAUCCUAAAUGAAUAUAUUAACAUUAAAAUUACAUUAUUUAUCACAAUACAAAGUAUUUAAUAAGGUCUUAUUCUGAGGGCCUAGUUUUACCAUAAUACAGUGGCCUGAAACUCAUGGUUUUCAGGCCUGCAAGUCACAUUAUGAUGGCUUGCAAAGUGAUGUGUAAUUCCUAUUGGAAUCCAGCCAGAGUGGAGAUAUCCAACAUUUGGAAUUUCUAUUCACCCGGAACAUGUAUUCAGAAUGACUGCCAGGGUUGGGAAGACCAAAAUAUGAGACUAACCAAACCAUCUAAACUGGAACAACCAUUUCAGUAACGGGUGCAAUAAGUCCAAGUAAUAGAUUGGAUUAGUUUAGACAAAUGUAUGUUAUUUACAGUACCUUCGGAAAGUUUUCACACCCCUUUACUUUUUCCACAUUUUGUUUUGUUACAGCCUCAAUUUAAAACUGAUACCCCAUAAUGUCAAAGUGGAAUUAUGUUUUUCGAUAAAAAAAAAAACAACUAAUUAAUUAAAAAUUAAAACCUGAAAUGUCUUGUGUCAAUACGUAUUCAACUCCUUUGUUUUACGGCAACCCUAAAGAAGUUCAGGAGUAAAGAUUUGCUUAACAAGUCACAUAAGCUGCAUGGACUCACUCUGUGUGCAAUUAUAGUGUUUAACAUGAUUUUUUUGAAUGACUACCUCAUCUCUGUACCCCCACACAAUUAAUUAUCUGUAAGGUCCCUCGAGAAGUUAAUUUAAAACACAGAUUCAACAACAAAAAACUAUUUUAUUUUAUAAACAAUACAAAACAUCCACAUACAAACGACAACAUCAUACAAACAUCCACAACAUCAUACAAACGACAACAUCAUACAAACAUCCACAACAUCAUACGAACGACAACAUCAUAAAAACAUCCACAACAUCAGAAAAACGACAACAUCAUAAAAACAUCCACAACAUCAUACAAACGACAACAUCAUACAAACAUCCACAACAUCACCCCUGCCCAGACUCCUCCUACUCCCACCAUCUCCAGCACCUGUAUCACUCUCCAUCACAUGGCCUCAAACUGCACCAUUAUGUUUCUCUCCAUAGCCCACGCACUUUCAACAUUUAGUUAAUAAAAGCAUUUGACUUUUCCAUUGUGUUAACGAUGGAGGAUUGGUUGAUUUCCAGUUUUUAAGUAUACUUAAAAAAAAAAAAAAAAAUAUAUUGACGAGAAAAGUAUCGUCCAACACAUCGUGUAUCUCAUUGCACCCUCACACACCAUGUCUUGAGAUAUGCAGACAGACGGAUUAAAAGUACAUUUAAAUUGUAAUACAUCUGACAGCCAACUUUCUAGCUCCGCCCAUAACUUUUGGACAUUAUAACAUUCCCAGAAAGCAUGGAUUAUUGAGUCAUCAUUAGUUUUACACUUCAGACACGUUGUGCUGUAGAACUUGUGAAUUUUGUCUCUUGUAUAUCAAAUUCUAUACAUUAGUUUAUACUGGAUUAAGCGUACAUUUUCAUUAACUGUAAUGUUGUUAGUUAUGUUCCAACAUUCCCUCCAUCUUCUGCCAAUAUCAGUUCUUUUUACGUCUUGGUUCCAAUAGUUUAUAUUUUUUUCUAAGAGAUUGUCAGUUGGAUAGGCUCUCUGCAAGGUUUGGUAUAUCUUAUCUAUCAUAUGAAUAUCCUUUUCUGACUCAAAUAGGAUUCCCUCUAGAUUGCUCAGAUGUCCAAAAGAUUUCAAUUAGAAAUAUUGUGAUAUAAAACUUUUAAGUUGAAUAUAUUUUGAAAAUGUCUACAUUAGUCAGUUCAAAAUGGCUUUUUAAAGCUGUCAUGGAAAUAAAUGUAUUACCUAUUACCGCGUAAUUUACCUGUGCACUUAUUUUUUUCAUGUGGACCAAUUUAUCGGUGAAUUCUGAAAAGCUAUCCAAGGAAUGUUCCAUAGGGUUGUGUGUUUAGGGAGUGAUAUUGUUUCUUGUAGAAUACGUUUCAUUUUCUUCCAUAUUGUUACAGUAUUCUUUUUAAAAUAAUAUGUUUAUUAUUUUCCAAUAGGAAAAGAAGAAGACAGAGAUAGAAACAUUGACAUUCAUUGGAGUGUUGAAUGGGACGGCACAUUGAGGACAAAACAAAACUUAACUCACACAUACAAAAAUACAUAUAAGAAGACAGCAUAUAGUCUUUAUAAGCAGUGUAGUUAAACCAAAAAUAAAUAUUGAGUGGAGUACAGCGCAGAGUAGCAGCAGAUCAUCAACCCAGUUAUGAAAGGGGGAAUAGACCAUUCAUCCAGUAUUGGCUGCCAUAUUUGGUAAAACAUUGGACUUCUAUUGGAGGUAUUGUAUCGAAUCUUUUCCAUAUGCAUUACAUUCCCUUAGUCCCGUAACCACAUUCCCAGGUAGUCUGCAAUUUCCAAAAUUGCAAUAUGAGCCUUUUGGCUAAUGGAGUACAAUAGAGAGACAGCCUUCCCUUCCUGGUUAUUCCCAUCAACUGUACCAAACAGAGUGAUCAAUGGGUCUGGGGCCAUAACUCUAUCAAAGGCUUUAGAUAAGUAAUAACCAAUGAGAGCCCUGUAAGCAUGUAACAACUUAGGACACAAUGAGUGGGUCAAAGUCCCCUCAUCCUGCUUGCACCUCUCACACAGUGGUGAGGUGUCUGGGAAUAUUUUAUGAAGUUUAACUUUGGAGGAACGUAACCUGUGUACAAGGUUGUGUCUGGCGUUCACUGAACUGUGUGGAUUAUAUUCCUGAGAGCUUCAACACGGUCCUCAUCUGAGAUUUCUGAACCAAUGUUCCUGCUCCCAAGCCCUUUUUAAUAGUGUCUGUGGAUACCUCUAUGUGGGCCUGUUAGCACAUCAUAAAGUCUAGACACCGACCCUUUUGAAUGGGGUUUGACAAGGAUAAGGCUAUCUAAUGUAGGAUUAUUUGGCUUAAUGCCAUUCGGUGGGACAUGUGUCCUUAAGAUAUUCCUGAUUUGGAGGUAUCUGAAAAAAAAUGUGUUGCUGGCAUGUUAAACUUACCCUGUAAAUUGUUGAAAUGAAGCUAAAUGACCAUCAAUGUAUAAGUUAUUGAUUGUUGUGAGCCCCUUCUCCCUCCACUGUGAAAACACCAUAUCAUCCAAUGCAGGGUGGAAAGCAUGAUUCAGACAAAUUGGGCUGUCAAUGUUCACAGAUCGUAUUGUUAGGUUCUGAACAAACUGAGUAAAAACUAAAAUGGACAACUAGGAAAAAGAUCAAACCAAGUUUAUUCACCCACUGGGUCAUACAGCUGCAAAGACAAGGCAUGAUCACACAAUCACAUAUAUCUACAUAACCUUCUAAUAGGCCUGGUCCUUACACAUCUAGACAACCAAUACAUCUCUGUUGCUAGGCAGAAAUUUAAUUGGUUCCUCUCACUGGUGUAGUCAAAGCCCUGCCAGUUACUGAAACCUUUGCGGGCGUGGAAAGUAUGUAAUAAUAAUAAUAAUAAUAAUAAUAAUAAUAAUAAUAAUAUUAUUAUUUGUGUGAGAUAGUACUGCAACAGGAGAGACAUUGUGGUGGGCCUCUCUGGCCCCCCUCCCAGAGGUUUCUUCUCACUUCAUCUGUUGAUUUGACCUCGAGACGCAUUCCUCCCUCCUCCCUAUUUUCCGCAGCCGGCCUGCCUUAGAGACUAACAAGGUAGAAGGAUUACUUUUAUCCUAUCCCAGGUAUUCCUUAAAGAGGUGGGGUUUCAAGUGUCUCCGGAAGGUGGUGAGUGACUCCGCUGUCCUGGCGUCAUGAGGGAGCUUGUUCCACCAUUGGGGUGCCAACAUAUACAUUCCUUAUACAUGUAAAGUAAAAAAUGCGUAACAUGAAUCAGUACAUUUCAAGCUAGAGUCAAAAAGUAUGUUAAGAAAAUACCUAAUUUGUUUCCAGAUCCUAAGAGUGUGACAAAUGACUGGGUUAGAGUCAUAAGUGUCAUUUUUCACAUAUGCUGGGCUAUUAACAAGUGCAGGGAGUGAGGAACGUUGACAAGAGGCCUGCUCAAUCUUAAGCCAUGAAGGCAUAUCAUUCUGUCGGAUCGAAGGUAAACUUUCCCUCCAGAAAGACACAAUGUUCAGAUUAGCAGCCCAAUAAUUCAGUUUAAAGUGAGGAAGGCCAAACCCCUCCUCUAUCUUGUACUUGCAUAAAUGCUUCUUUCAAAUUCUAGCUGCCUUGUUAUCCCAUAAGAAUGGAAUUACUAUUGAAUCCAGUUUCUUAAAACAGCUUUGUGGUAUGAAAUUGGGUAGACGUUAUAGUGUUCUUAACUAUGAAAUUAUGAAUGUUCUUAGGUUUGUUUAUUGACAAUAGACAUGUACAAAGAAGACCAGGGAGGUUUUCCAAUGCCUUGCAAAGAAUGGCAAAUCUAAUACAACACAUUACUGAGUUCCGCUCUCCAUAUUUUCAAGCAUAGUGGUGGCUUCAUCAUGUUAUGGGUAUGCUUGUAGUCGUUAAGGACUGGGGAGUUUUUCAGGAUAAAAAACAUUAAUGGAAUGGAGCUAAGCACAGGCAAAAUCCAAAAGGAAAACCUGGUUCAGUCUGCUUUCCACCAAACACUGGGAGAUGAAUUCACCUUUCAGCAGGAUAAUAACCUAAAACACAAGGCCAAAUCUACACUGGAGUUGCUUACCAAGAAAACAGUGAAUGGUCCUGAGUGGCCGAGUUACAGUUUUGACUUAAAUCUACUUGAAAAUCUAUGGCAAGACCUGAAAAUGGUUGUCUAGCAAUGAUCAACAACCAACUUGACAGAGCUUUAAGAAAUUAAACAAUUAUAAUGUGCAAAUAUUGCUCAAUCCAGGUGUGGAAAGCUCUUAGAGACUUACCCAGAAAGACUCACAGCUGUAAUCACUGCCAAAGGUGCUUCUACAAGUAUUCUCAGGGGUGAGAAUACUUAUGUAAAUUAGAUAUUGCUGUAUUUCAUUUUCAAUAAACGUGUAAAUAUUGCUAAAAACCUGUUUUCACUUUUUCAUUAUGGGGUAUUGUGUUUAGAUGAGUGAGAAAAAAGUAUAUUUAAUCCACGUUGAAGUCAGGCUGUAACACAACAAAAUGUGACAAGAUUAAUUAAUCAAUGUACAUGCAAAAACAUAGAUAUUGAAACCAACAAUUAUAAAAAUCUACCUGCAAUAGAGCAUCCUGGGAAAUAUGAUAAUGAUGGGCGUGGUUUUGGGAUCAGUGGCCGUAGUGCGGAGGAGCGAGGUCGGGUGAGGUUGUGUUUUCUCUAGCAGGAGGUAAGCUUGGCUUCUUAUAUGGUGUUGAGUAAAGCUUAAACCAUGUAUUUAGAUUGUAGGUAGGUAUUGUAGUUAGGUAUUGUAGGUAGGUAGGUAGGUAGUUAUUGUAGGUUAUUGUAGGUAAUUAUUGUAUUCGGCUGAGCCCGGCGAAGCACGAGGCUAGCUAACCCACUACCUGGACCAAUAAAGCUAGCUAGCUAGCGGGUAGCUACUGGUAACUUUUAGCAACUGUGGAUAGUUGUUUCCAAUGUUAUUUCACGCUUAAGAGUACCUGUAAUUAAGCCAGCUAGCUACCUACCAUUCAGCUGUUUUUCUAACCUCAUUAUCUGAAGCAUUAACGUUAGGUAGUUAGUAGCUACUGUACUUAAUUACAGCUACUGAUUGCAGAAGACCAAUGUAUUCUUGUCUGCCACCCAGACAGCUGGCGUCGGGUAAGUUUGGCUUUAUACAUAGCUUGGGCUUUGUCGAGUAAGGCUUAAACUAUGUAUUUAGAUUGUAGUUAGGUAUUGUAGGUAGGCAUCGUGGGUUGUUGUGGGUAGUUAUUGUAUGUAAUUAUUGUAGGUUCGUAUUGUAUUCAGCGGUGCCGGGUGUAGCACGAAGCUAGCUAGCUAGCUAACUCACCUCCUGGACUAGCUGGCGAGUAGCUAUUAGCAACAGUAGCAACUAAAUACAAUAUCCUUUUAGCCAGCUACAUUUGUUCGCAGCGACGCCGUUUUUCAAACAAAGUCAUCACCGCAGCCAUUGCUAGCUAGCCAACGCUACCAGCUAGCAGUACUAUAGCAACUAAAUACAAUAUAAUUUUAGCCAGCUACAUUCGUUCGCAGCGACGCCGUUUUUCGAACAAAGUCAACACAGCAGCCAUUGCUAGCUAGCCAACACUACCAGCUAGCUGUACUGUAGCAGCUAAAUACAAUAUAUUUGUGCUAGCUAGCCAACGUUUAAUUAUUGCUGCGUUAUGAAAGGAACUAGACAAGGACACUAAUUAUCUGUUUAGUGUGUUAACACACUAUUGGUAGUUUGUUGUAACCAAGUAUUGGUGCUAAACUGUGUGUUAUUGGAUGCUAGCAUGCUAGUUAGCUAUGGCCUCAUAGUUAGCUAGCUGAAUAAAGUAAGUUGAGUCUAUUCCUUGAAACAUUGAACCGCUGUAGUUUACAACAAUUCUAAUUUCUAAAGUGGAAGUUGGGAGAGUUUUAUUCGGGUGGUUCAGUGAAACAAUUAUAGUUUCUGAGGUGGAAGCUGGGAGAGUUAUAUUUGGGAGUUUUGGUGAGGGAGGCCCUGCUCUCUCCUUUCCCAGAUGUUUAGUUCAUUUCAUUCCGAUCUCCUCUGCAUUAUUGUAGCCAUCUGCUACAGCCUGUCAACUAUGCCUCUGCCUAUCCCUGUUCUCUCCUCUCCGCACAGGCUACACAAACGCCUCACACCGCGUGGCUGCUGCCUCUCUAACCUGGUGGUCCCUGCACGCACCACACACCUGGAGUUCCAGGUCUCAGGCAGCCUCUGAAACUGCCGUUCUGUUGCCAACAAGGCUGCCUUCAUCCCAGCCUAUGCUACCCUCCAGUCCCUCGACUUCCUGGCGCUGACGGAAACAUGGAUUACCACUGAAAACACUGCUACUCCUACUGCUCUCUCCUCGUCUGACCAUGUGUUCUCGCAUACCCCGAGAGCAUCUGGUCAGAGGGGUGGUGGCACAGGAAUCCUCAUCUCUCCCAAGUGGACAUUCUCAAUUUUUCCCCUAACCCAUCUGUCUAUCUCCUCAUUUGAAUUCCAUGCUGUCACAGUCACUAGCCCAUUUAAGCUUAAUAUCCUUGUCAUCUAUCGCCCUCCAGGUUCCCUUGGAGAGUUCAUCAAUGAGCUUGACGCCUUGAUAAGUUCCUUUCCUGAGGAUGGCUCACCCCUCACAGUUUUGGGGGAUUUCAACCUCCCUACGUCUACAUUUGACUCAUUUCUCUCUGCCUCCUUCUUUCCACUCCUCUCCUCUUUUGACCUCACCCUCUCACCGUCCCCCCCUACUCACAAGGCAGGCAAUACGCUUGACCUCAUCUUUACUAGAUGCUGCUCUUCUACUAAUCUCACUGCAACUCCCCUCCAUGUCUCCGACCACUACUUUGUAUCCUUUUCUCUCUCGCUCUCCUCCUACACUACUCACUCUGCCCCUACACAGAUGGUAAUGCGCCGCCGCAACCUUCGCUCUCUCUCUCCCACUACUCUCUCCUCUUCCAUCCUAUCAUCUCUUCCCGCUGAGCGGAAAUGGAAGAAAACUAGACUCCCUGCGGACCUGGCAUCUUUUCACUCCCUCCUCUCUACAUUUUCUUCAUCUGUUUCUGCUGCUAAGGCCACUUUCUACCACUCUAAAUUCCAAGCAUCUGCCUCUAACCCUAGGAAGCUCUUUGCCACAUUCUCCUCCCUGCUGAAUCCUCCCCCCCCCCCCCCCCCCCCCCCCUGUGGAUGACUUCGUCAACCACUUUGAAAAGAAGGUUGACGACAUCCGAUCCUCGUUUGUUAAGUCUAAUGACACUGCUGGUCCUGCUCACACUGCCCUACCCUAUGCUUUGACUUCUUUCUCCCCUCUCUCUCCAGAUAAAAUAUUGCGACUUGUGACUGCAGGCCGCCCAACAACCUGCCCGCUUGACCCCAUCCCCUCCUCUCUUCUCCAGACCAUCUCCGGUGACCUUCUCCCCUACCUCACCUCGCUGAUCAACUCAUCCUUGACCGCUGGCUAUGUCCCUUCCGUCUUCAAGAGAGCGAGAGUUGCACCCCUUCUCAAAAAACCAACACUCGAUCCCUCUGAUGUCAACAACUACAGACCAGUAUCCCUUCUUUCUUUUCUUUCCAAAACUAUUGAGCGUGCCGUCUUUAGCCAACUCUCUUGCUAUCUCUCUCAGAAUUACCUUCUUGAUCCUAACCAGUCAGGUUUCAGGACUGGUCAUUCAACUGACUGCUCUUCUCUGUGUCACGGAGGCUCUCCGCACUGCUAAAGCUAACUCUCUCUCCUCUGCUCUUGUCCUUCUAGACCUGUCUGCUGCCUUUGAUACUGUGAACCAUCAGAUCCUCCUCUCCACCCUCUCCGAGCUGGGCAUCUCCGGCGCGGCUCACUCUUGGAUUGCGUCCUACCUGACCGGUCGCUCCUACCAAGUGGCGUGGCGAGAAGCUGUCUCCGCACCACGUGCUCUCACCACUGGUGUCCCCCAGGGCUCAGUUCUAGGCCCUCUCCUAUUCUCGCUAUACACCAAGUCACUUGGCUCUGUCAUAUCCUCACAUGGCCUCUCCUAUCAUUGCUACGCUGACGAUACACAACUAAUCUUCUCCUUUCCCCCUUUCUGAUAACCAGGUGGCGAAUCGCAUCUCUGCAUGUCUGGCAGACAUAUCAGUAUGGAUGACGGAUCACCACCUCAAGCUGAACCUUGGCAAGACGGAGCUGCUCUUCCUCCCGGGGAAGGACUGCCCGUUCCAUGAUCUCGCCAUCACGGUUAACAACUCCGUUGUGUCCUCCUCCCAGAGUGCGAAGAGCCUUGGCGUGACCCUGGACAAUACCCUGUCAUUCUCCGCUAACAUCAAGGCGGUGACCCGAUCCUGCAGGUUCAUGCUCUACAACAUUCGGAGAGUACGACCCUGCCUUACACAGGAAGCGGCACAGGUCCUAAUCCAGGCACUUGUCAUCUCCCGUCUGGAUUACUGCAACUCGCUGUUGGCUGGGCUCCCUGCCUGUGCCAUUAAACCUCUACAACUCAUCCAGAAUGCCGCAGCCCGUCUGGUGUUCAACCUUCCCAAGUUCUCUCACGUCACCCCGCUCCUCCGCACACUCCACUGGCUUCCAGUUGAAGCUCGCAUCUGUUACAAGACCAUGGUGCUUGCCUAUGGAGCUGUGAGGGGAACGGCACCUCCGUACCUUCAGGCUCUGAUCAGUCCCUACACCCAAACGAGGGCAUUGCGUUCAUCCACCUCUGGCCUGCUGGCUCCCCUUCCUCUGCGGAAGCAUAGUUCCCGCUCAGCCCAGUCAAAACUGUUCGCUGCUCUGGCACCCCAAUGGUGGAACAAGCUCCCUCACGACGCCAGGACAGCGGAGUCACUCACCACCUUCCGGAGACAUUUGAAACCCCACCUCUUUAAGGAAUACCUGGGAUAGGAUAAAGUAAUCCUUCUACCCCCCCCCCCCCCCCCCUCUUAAAAAAAAAAUUGUAAAGUGGUUAUCCCAAUGGUUAUAGGGUGAAUGCACCAAUGUGUAAGUCGCUCUGGAUAAGAGCGUCUGCUAAAUGACGUAAAUGUAAAUGUAAAUGUUAACACUGGUUAUUAACAACAACGCUGGGGCUCUUUUAAACCAAUUAAUGUUAAUCGAACACUUACACUAGAAAUGUUACACUGAAAAAUCAACACUAGAUACAUUUGCUGUGUAAGGAGUGAUGUGAGUCGAGGGGGCAUGAGUUGAUGGUUUGAACCAGAGAUUAAAAUACCUCUUUUACAGGGUUGGGGUCAAUUCCAAUUCAGUCAAUUCAGGAAGUAAACUGAAAUAGAAAUGGAAUUUCAGGUUACUUCAUGAAUCGACUGAAUUGAAAUGGAAUUGGAAUUUCAGUAUACUUCCUGAAUUGACUGAAUAGAAAUGGAAUUCAGUCAAUUCAGGAAGUAAACUGAAAUUCCAAUGUUCCUCAAUGCUUUCCCUUUACUUCCUGACCCGAAUUGACUGAACUUGAAUUGAAAUGGACCACAACCCCUUAUAGUUUUGUGUGUCGUUAGGUAUGCAGCCAAAGAUGAAAGAGGACACUCCAGGCUCAUCACAUCAUCCACGUCCUGAACGCAGCGGAUGGGAAGUUUAAUGUGAACACGGGGACCAGCUACUACAGGGACACUACAAUCACCAUGGACUGGAGGCAUUCCACAUGGCCUCCUCUGACCUCAACGCCGCCUUCUGCUCUGCAGACCGCCCUGAGCUCGCCCAACGGUACGCGAUCAAUCAAAUCAAUCAAAUCCGUUUACAUCAUCAGCUGUCACAGUGUUUUACAGUUACCUGACCUAAGAAGCUUUUUACUGAAACAGAAGGCUUUACAUUUACUCUAUAUGCUAUGUAUCAUUUUGUCUAACAUUACCAUUGAAAUUACAUUGUGAAUUAAUUAUAUUCGUCUGUCAGUUCUAACUCCCGUUCCAUUCCAUUAGCAGAUAAAACGCAAAUCAUAAAGCUGCCGAAACAUAAUAAUCAAGCUAAUAUCGUACCCCACAGUAACCUCCUCAUAAACCGGGGACACUGGGCAGGAAAAUUGGUUUUAAAAUGGAUUGCCCUGGUAAUUUGUAAGCAACACUUUCAUUGGACACGGAAAUUACACCAUUAUGUUUGUGGCCUUGUGCUGUAACAGAGCUGCUACUUCCUGUCCCCGUUAUGCAGAGUGAUCCAAUAUCUGACCUGCCAGUAAUUAGAUGACGGCUGUCUCCCAAAUGGCACCCUGUCGCCCAUUCCAAUUCCACCAUGGGACCCUAGUAAAUAGCAGUGCACCGUGUAGGGAAUAGGUUGAUAUUUGGGAUGCGCUCGAUGCCUCCCCUCCCAGUCUUCCUUCACGUGCCGGCUGGCUGAUCGGACUAGUGCUCCACAGUGCGUAGCGAGGCCUUGAGUAAUCCCUGGCAGAAACACAGCCUGGAAGACAGUUCAAUUACCCGCUCCUAUGGGCCCUAAGCCCCAACGUAGGAUAAGAGAAACCACGGAUUACCGUGUGUAGAAACAUUUGUUGCAACAUUGUUGAAAGAAAACUUUUGGGGAGGAAAGCUAUUUAAAAAGUACUCCAUUUUGCUGAAAUUAAGCCUACAGGUCUGUAAUGCAGAGUUUGACACAAAUGACACAAUAUGAACUGAACACCAAGUAGUCCAUGAGGUGUUCUUCUACUACGUAAAUGGGACACUUUAAAUGAGACCCCUGUUGCCAGGGAUUUGGGUGAGCUGACACCACUUAGGUAGGGAAUGAAAUUAUUUUUACCUACGUAAGUAAGUAUUACACAUGUAAUGGAAUUACCUUUGUACCCGUCUUCUUCUUCUUCUUCUAAAUAUAACUGAAUGAGAGCUGACUACUAAGUGUGCCUACCUUUCUUAGCUCGCCCCAGCCCUGGCAGGUAAGGUGUUGGUCCACUGUGCAAUGGGUCUGAGUCGUCCCUCCAGUCUGGUCCUGGCCUAA